AUGACAAAGCACUGGCCGGAGCAGAGCCGGCCGGCACCGCCCGCUCUGGCCCACCUGGGAGAAAACCCCGACCCUCAACUUGACUUCGACAGAAAUGUGCAGGGAAGCUUUAACCUCGGCGGUGUAGCGCGGAGCUCCUCAGCCCGGCAUUGGCCCCAGCAGGCUCGGAUGGAUCAGAUGGAUGAGCCGCCGGCGCGCCCGGAGGAGCGCUCCGCGCAGCGCGGAGUGCAGCGCCCUGCGCGCCCACAACUCUCCAGCGGAGCCGCCGGAUUCACGGACAAAGUUCCUCCACCGGCUUCAUCGCACCCGAAUCAUGAAGUUGGCGACUCAAAAGAGGGAACUGGGACCUGGGAUACAUGGAGCGGAGAAGGAGAGAAGGGCAAUCCCGCCGGGGGGAAGAAAAAGAACUAUCAGCGGUAUCCAAAACCACCGUACUCUUAUCUCGCAAUGAUCGCUAUGGUCAUCCAACGCUCCCAGGAGAAGAAGCUCACGCUGUCAGAGAUCCUCAAGGAGAUCAGUACCCUCUUUCCAUUUUUCAAAGGGAACUACAAAGGCUGGCGGGAUUCUGUGCGACACAACCUCUCCUCCUACAACUGCUUUGUUAAGGUGUUGAAGGACCCAGGCAAGCCUCAGGGAAAGGGCAAUUUCUGGACGGUGGAUCUGAGUCGCGUACCUCUGGAGCUCCUCAAGAGGCAGAACACCGCCGUGUCACGCCAGGAUGAGACGAUCUUCGCUCAGGAUUUGGCCCCUUACAUCCUGCAAGGGCACAAGCAAGAAUCUGAGCUGCCCCGUGAUCCUGUGACCUCCCUCCCACCCAUGUGUGCAGGAAACGCUUCCCCGCCACAGGAGGACUUGUUUCGACCCAAGCUGGAUUCAUCCUUUGCCAUCGAUUCCCUGCUGCACAGCCUGCGACCGAGUAGUGCUUCUGGGGAUGUAGACAUGGCUGCUGGGGACUGCUGGGGCGAGGUGGAGCGCCCUCGGCCUCUGCCGCCUCCGCGACCUAAUUACGCCUCUUCUGCCCGCAGUGCCUCUGCCAGCUCUGCGAGCCCUGCCUCCACCUCCUCCUCCUCCUCCUCUUCCUCCGACGAAGAAUGGAGAGGAGUUUCCCACUCAGGGAAGCGCCUUCCUCCAGAGGGCGAAACACGGUCAAAUGGGUAUGAGGAUUAUAAGCCGCCGGUGCACAAAUCUGCCAGGCGGGAGACCAUUGCUCCUCCGUGGGAGCUCCCUACCUCCUAUGCCAAGUACGCUCCCCCUAACGCUGUUGCCCCACCGAGCAUGCGGUUCAGCGGAGGUCCUCUGAUGUCGCUGUCUGGUGGACUACCCAUCUACAGCUACAGCAGCUCUCCUGUGACCCCUGGUCACUUCUUGGGUCACGCGUACUGGCCCAUCAUCCCCAGCAGGCGAGUCACGGUUCAAGCCCCUCCCCUUCUCAUGGACCUGGACAACAUGCUGCAAACUGUACCUCCAAAUAAGAGCGUGUUUGAUGCGCUGGUACAAACCAGUCAGAACUCUCAUGCCGGUCAUCAUCCACAGAGUCAGUACGUCCUGCAGAACGGGGCUCCGUUGAACAGGUACCAUCAAUACUGAGCGCCGGACUGAAUAUCUGUCACUCAAACAGAUACAGAUGUUCAACUCUGCAGCGGUUGACUGCCUUAGAUGUAGAAGGAUGGUGAGGUACGGACCAAAUUAUUGAUGGUUGUCAUGUUUUCAAUGAGAAUUUAAAAAAAGAAAGCUUUAUUUUUUCAGGCCUGUAUUCUUAAAUAUGUGUUUUCAGCUUGUUUAGUGUUUACACGGUUUUAUUGAAGCAAAACUGCCUCAAACAACUAUAUAACAAAUCAAAUAUCUACCUCGGUGUUUCAAUGAAAUUCUGUUCUGCUACAAGCUCUUUGCACUGCUGAUUCUGUUUGCACUCUUUGUAAUUAUGUUUUUGGCAUGUUUUGUUUUUUUUACUGUCAUUGCAUUUGAAUAUUUACUAAACAUUGUGACGGCUGAAUGUAUUUUAUGAAGUAUUCUGUGAAAACAGUAUUUCAAUGUCAUGGACUGUUAUAUUUC